AUGGCGGGGCCAGCAGCCCUGCGCAGCGCCCAGGGCGCGCACCGCGCCGUGGCGCUGGUGCUGACCCUUCUGAGGCCGGUGGCGCGACCCCGCCGCGAUGGGUGGGGCGUGGCUGGCCCGUCGGUGGCGCGCCCACGCUGGCGUGGCCGGGCCAGCGCCAGCUCGUCGAGCGCCGCUACUGGACCGCCCGUGUACCCCCGCGCGGCCGUCGCCGUCACCGUCUGCCGGCAGCGGCCCGGAGGCGGUGGGGCCAUGGAGUACCUCCUGGCGAAGCGGGCCCACGAGCCCAGCAAGGGCUGCUGGAUGCUGCCUGGCGGCAAGAUCGAGCUCGGGGAGACGGUGCUCGAGGCGGCGGCCAGAGAGCUCGCCGAGGAGACCGGUCUCGCAGCGGAGUCUGGGCUGCGGGUGCACCCGUGGGCCACUGGGGUAACCGACGCUAUCUACCCGCGCGGCUGGCAGGCGGGCGACGCGCAUCCGCUGGAGUUCCACUACGUCCUCUCGCAUGUGCUCGCAUUCUGCACCGACCCCUCCGCGCGGGCGGCGCCAGGGGAUGAUGCGUUGGAGAUCAGGUGGUGCUCCCUGGGGGACCUCGAGGGCGGCGCCCUGGCGCCGCUCGCCGCCUCGGUGCUCCCCGUGCUCCGGCACGCCGACUCGCUGGUCCGCUCGGGGGCGUGGCGCGCGGAGGACGCGGUGGACGUGCGCAGCGCGGCGGGGAACCCUGUGCUGCUGCUGGAGCUCCGCAUGUGUGCCGCCGUGGCGCUCGCAGGAGUGCUGGCGCUCGGGGAGCAGGGCACCAGCGCCGCUGCCGCGGCGGGCGCGGCCGAGGCCGCGGCGGCAGCCGAGGUGUCGUCCGAGGACGCGCUCUCGGGCUCCCGUCUGCUGGACCCGCCGCGAGUGAGGUCGCCGCCGGCAUCCUCGAAGCUCAGAUCCAGGAGCGCGGCGCCCCCGCAGCCCUCCGCGCCGCAGAGCCCGCCCGCUCCCGCGGCGGCGGCGGUGGCGGCGGCCCCGACGCCGGCGGCCCCGCCAGACGGGCCGUGCUCGCUGUCCGUGGAGCGGGUGAGGCUGGUGAGGCCUGGCGUCUCCGUGGAGUCCCAGGCGCCCGUUGGCAUCCGGAUUGGGCAGGCCUCGGUGGCGAGGCCUCCGCCGCCGGUCGCGCAGCGGGGGCGGCCAGGGGCCGUGACCCAGGCGGCCCUGAGCGCCGGCGUGCCGAACGACUCCAGGACGACGUCCCCAGGCCCCGCGCCGAGCGUGCCGUCGGGCCGCGCCGCGUCCCACGACGAGCACGCCAGCGGCGGCGGGCCCUGGCCUGCGGCGGCGCUUGGCAGCUCCGUCGCCCAGGUGCGCCGCGCGCGCAUGGCCAGCAGCCAGGCCCUUCUGUGCGUCGACGAGGAGCUCCGGAAGCUGGCCGCUGGGAGCCAGGGGGCCCACUCCGCCUUCCAGAGCCGGACCGCAGGCAUCUCCGAGGUGCUGGAGUCGCGGCAGCAGGCCCAGGCCGGCCACCUCGGAGAGCUGCGCGCGUUCCAGCGGGAGUGCCAGGAGCGGCUCCAGCGGCUCAACGCUGGUGCCCUCGCCGCCGCCUCGCCGGGCGCCUGGCUGGGGGCCGGCCCAAUCGCGGGGGCCCCCGCGUGA